AUGAGAAACUCAUAUUUGCUGUUGAUCAUAGCCAUUACAUUAGUACAUGUACAUGGCUUGGAGGAGUCUCUGACUCUUAUGAGUUUAGAGUAGAUGAAUUCAUUGGACACAUCCCAAUUUGACUGUUCUCGUCCUUAGUCUGAAUUCAUAUAGAUGGAGAAUUCCUUGUCUUAAUGGCAAGACUUGUUGGAACAUAAAGAUUACAUCGAUCAUGAUAUUAAAGUACUUCAAGGCAUCCAAGCUAAAGUGGGCCUCAAAGCAUCACACAAAUAAGUGAUCAAAUCAUUAAGUCAACUUAAAUUACCUAAAACAUCCACAAAGAUAGGUUUGGCUGAAGUGGAAGCACUUAAACAAUAAUGCGGAUGUCUCAAAAAUUCUGAUGACAAUUGUGAUGCUCUAUUAAAAUUGCUAUCUUACUUCAUCCUUUCCCUGAGAAAUGUAUAAUCCCAAUGCCAACAACAUCCAAUAACUGUAAUUAAAAUUAAGGGAAAAAUCCAUGAUCUUUAAGUCAUUACAGCCGGCUGUGGAGGCACCAUAGAUAUCAAAGGUGAUGAGAGUUGCGAUACUCAAUAAGAAACCAAGCCAGAUGAACCAUCAACUGAUCCAACCACUAAACCCACAGAGGAGCCUGCUACCGAUCCAAUCACAAAACCAACCACAGAUCCAAUUCCAGAUGAUUAAAAGGAUUCAGAAGAUGUUACCGAAGAAACCAUAGAUGAUACCACUGAAGAAACAGUUGACACACAAGAGGAAACUGCUGACACACCUGAAGAAGAUCAAUAACAACCAUAACCUGCUGAGGAGACAGCUGAACCAGAAGAAGGAGAAUCUGCAGUUGAUGAAAAAUAGCCAGAGGAAGAAGCUGGAGCUACUGAAGAAACUUAACCAGGUGCUGCAGAAGAAUAAGAAGGAUCCCCAGAAGAAACAUAAGCAGAAGAGGCAGUUGAUACACCUGCUGCAGAAGAGGAAGCUGAGACUCAAGUCCCAGAAGAACAAGGAACAGAGGAAUAAGCACCAAGUGCUGAAGAAGGUGAAAGUCCACAAGAAGAAGUUGAUCAAGCUGAAGAAAUUACUGAGCCAGAAGAAGAAAUUGAGAUUUAAGUACCAGAGGAGGAAUCUGAAGAAAAUGCUGCUACAGCUGAAGAAGGAUAAGCAGAAAGUGCUGAAGAAGGAGAAGCAGGAAGUGCUGAAGAAGGAGAAGUAGAAAGUACUGAAGAAGGAUAAGUUGAAAAUGCUGAAGAAGGAGAAGCAGAGGGUGCUGAAGAGUAAAAUGGCCCAUCUGAAGAAGGUGUAAUUGAAGCAACUGAAGAAGGUGAAGUUGAAGCACCUGAAGAAACAGCAGUAUUAGCUGAGGAAGAAGAAUUAUAAAUUGAUGAACCAGCUGAAGAAGUUGAUAUCGAAGUACCUGCAGAAGAAGAGGCCUGUGAAGAAGAAGAAUGGGGUUGGGAAGAAGAAGAAAUUAGUGAAGAAAUUAGUGAAGAAACACCUUAAGACAAAGAUAAUUAACCAGCAGGAGAAUCUGGAGAAGAAUAACCCAGUGGUGAAUAACAAGGAGAAGAAGAAUAAUAAUAAUAAUAAUAACCAGAAGGUGAAGAGACAGAGAGUUCUGUUGGAGAACCUUUAGAAUUUGAAGAAGAAUAAUAGGGUGAAGUUCCUGCAGCAGAAGAGACUACCACUGCUGAAGAGACAACAGCUGCUGAAGAGACUACCACUGCUGAAGAGAGCAGUGUUGGUGAUGAACCUGUACCUGAUGAUUAAUAAGAUGAAGAAUAAGAAGUAUUACCAGAAGGAUGCAGAAAAGUGCCUGAAGAUGUUUUGGAUAUCAGUUGGUAGAGUACAGAACCAGUAGCUGCAAGUGAUUUACCAGUUACAGAAACCUAAAUCAUUGGAUUAUCAUUCUAUUUCAGAUGGCUAUCAAAAUUCCCAGAUGCUGUUCCUGAAGGAUUGAGUUAAGAAACUAAGUUCUUUGUUGCUGGAUUAGGAAAUGCAUUGAAAUUCUAUGUAGGAUAAGGAGGAUUCCAUUUCAGUUCAUUUGAUGAGAAUGGUGUUGAGACUUACAAGAAUGCUGGCCAUGGUGAUAUUGAAGGACAAUGGGUACUUGUAUACUUUGGUAUUUCCAACCAAAAAGUUACAGGAUUUGCCUAAAUUUAAGGAUAAGAUGUUGAGACUGUUGAAUUCGAUGUCAAUUUCACAUUAGAUGAAUCUUAUCAAUUGGUUAUUGGUGGGCCAGAUGGGGAUGUUAAAUCAUUUAAUGGGUAGAUUGCUAGAGUAUUUGCAUUCAAUGAUGAAUUGUACACAUAAGCAACUGAAUUCACUGAAUUUGUUACUAAAUGCUAUGGAAUUCCUAAAAACAUUUACAGCGGCAAGAGAUUAACAAUUCCAAUUGAAAAGGAGAGAACUUUUGUAUCUCCAGCUUCAUUUGAUUAUGAUAGUGUUUUUGAAAAUAAGAAGCCCAUGUUACCAGAUGAAUAUUCAGCCAGUGGUUGGUUCAAAUGGGAAACACCAAAUGACUAAAAUAUCUGGCAUUCAGGAUUUAGAUGGACUACCAAUAAUUAAGAAACUAAUCAAAAUUUCAGAAUCCUUGGAGAUAGAGGACUUUCUUUCUUUGUUGGAGAUGAAGAUAACUUAUAAGGACAUGUUGCCUUUUGUACAUACUCUUACAAGACUGCCAAUGGGUAUUUAGUUUAAUUAUUUUAGUAAAUCAAAGGUUAAUGAUUGCAAGAUGGUUAAGUAUGGUAAUAAAUUGACUGAGUGGUUCUAUGUUUACUUUGGAUACAGUAGACAUUUGAACAAGGCAUAUGGAUACAUGGAAUUCACACAUGAGAUGGCUCAAAUGGAAUUCAAGGAUGUUAGACACUAUUAUGCCAGCAAAAUUUAUUUCUAUUUGGGAUAAGAUAAGUUCUAUCCUCCUUUCAAUGGCAAGGUUUAAGGAUUCAUGUUGAAUUUCUUCGAUGGAUCAUACAGAACAUCCAGUUAUGAUUACAGUAUUAAUUAUAUUAAUAUCAAUAGCUUUCGGAUAUUUCCCAAGACCAGUCUAUGAAUAUGAUGACUCCAAGGAAUUGAUCCCAUCUGAACCAGUAGAAAAGAAGAAGUAUUUAUCUCACAUAUUAUAUUGUAGAUGUCCAAAAGUGGUUGAAAUCACUGUAGAAAAUGCAUCUGAUGUUUUGUGUGCCUUGAGUAAUUAUUUGUCUGCAGUCGCACAAGGACAUGAUCCUGCUUCAGAUCCUAAGGCUGAAUCCUUCUGUUUCUGUUUGGUAUAUGAGGAAGGUAUUUAUUCAUUAUUUUAAUAUAGAAAAUGCUACUCCUGAUUUGUUGAUGUUAGCAUAAAUCUUUGGUGGAAAGAUUAAAUAGAAAUAAUCUAAUGUUAAUUCCUCAAUCAAGAAACUGUUAAGCAGAUAGAAUGCACUAUUAAAGUGAUUGUUAGAACAUUCAAC